AUAUAAACAAACUAACACUGGAACUAAAAUCUCAGUAUUCGAUACAUACACAAUCUAUUAAUCAUCAUGAGCAACCCCAGAGUUUUCUUCGAUAUCACCGCAAACGGUGCUGCCCUUGGCCGCAUUGUCAUGACUCUUCGUGCUGAUGUAGUACCCAAGACCGCUGAGAACUUCCGUGCAUUGUGCACCGGCGAGAAGGGUUUCGGAUUCAAGGGAUCCAGUUUCCACAGAGUUAUCAAGAACUUCAUGUGCCAGGGUGGUGACUUCACCGCCGGAAACGGUACCGGCGGUAAGUCCAUCUACGGAGCCAAGUUCGCUGAUGAGAACUUUGAGUUAAAGCACACCGGACCUGGAAUCCUGUCCAUGGCUAACGCCGGACCCGGUACCAACGGAAGUCAGUUUUUCCUGUGCACCGUUAAGACUGCGUGGUUGGAUGGCAAGCACGUUGUUUUCGGAAGCGUUACUGAGGGUAUGGAUGUUGUCCAGAAGAUCGAAGGAUAUGGAUCAGACAGCGGAAAGACCUCUGCCAAGAUUGUUGUUGCCGAUUGUGGACAGCUUUAAAUUAUGUCGUGUCGAAUGACGUAUGUACCGGGACAUGCCUGUCAAGGGCCGCGGUGCAUGUGUGACUUGAUUAUGGACUUGCACUCACACCCUGUAAAUAUUAUUCUAGAAGUGCGCCUGCCUGGUAUUUGGGCGAUUUGCACGCGAGGUGUUGCUUUGGGACUCUUUAGUCGAGAAAAAAUAGGAUUAAAACGCUCCGCAACGAUGAUAAGUGGAACUGUUAACUUUUUACGAUUGAAAAUAUACCGUGGGUAUCAAGUAUGGUUCGGAAGUCUACUAUGCAAGCAUCAACGUUUGAGUGGUGUUUGUUUCAUGAUCCUUUGUGAUGCCAUCACCUUUGAGUGUAAAACUUAAUUCUGUCUGCCAUUUCAUGUGUGCACUCGUCUCGCGGUUAUGUGUUUGUUGCUCAAUUGGUUAAUUAUAAACUGCCUUAUGGAACAUUCUGAGGUUGGGUUGUAAUGGUACACCAUAGCGGUUUAUUGAAGUCAUCGCUCUGUAUAUUUAAUAUUGCUCUAUGCUGGUCGCAAAUGUAGCUACAAAUGACUGGGUCGCAAAUGUACUUGCAAAUGACUAGGUCUUCAUAGUACUGUAUGCUCAUACCGGUGUGUAUUGGUUUACUUGCACGAGCUCGAACUCAAUACUAAGCAGUAUCCUAUGUUCGACCUUCAGACUUCAGCUGUCUAGUCGUUUAUUGCUUACUCUUGUAGGCAAGUAGGAGAGGUGGAAUGUCAUCUAUUUUAUUUCUUUGCUUGAUCUGUUACAAACCGACAAACAAAGCAACUACCAAUUCAUGAGAAGCCGUCGCCUUACUAGUUGAGAAUUAAGCGAAGACUGUGUAUCGUGCCGUAUAGUAUAGUUUUAAGAAGGCCAUUGACCCCGUAGCCC